AUGGUUCUAAUAAAACGAGUACUAGAGGUUAGCAGUGAAGAUGCAGUUAACAUGGCUAGGACAUUGGCCGUAAAAGAAGGACUCAUGGUUGGCAUAUCGUCCGGAGCUAACACGGUUGCACCACUUAGAUGGGCUAGUCUUCUUGAGAACAAAGGAAAACUUAUUGUGACUGUUCAUCCAAGUUUCGGGGAACGAUACUUGUCAUCUGUCUUGUACCAAGACCUUAGGACAGAAGCUGAAAACAUGCAGCCCGUGUCCAUCGAUUAA